AUGUCAACACCAAAUCCAGAGGUAGAAUCAGAUUUACCAGUUGAUGCAAAUCCAAUUACUGAACUUAAAUCUUCUGAUUAUGAUAAACCAAUAGCUGAAAAACUUUCUGAUAAAAAUGAAAGUACAGACAUAAACAGUAACAAUGAAACAUAUCAAGAUGAUUUCGAAGCUAACGCUUAUAGCGGUGCCAAAUUAAAUGAUUCAAGUGAAGAUAUGGGUGAUGAAUUGUCCCGUUUGGAAUCAAAUGCUCAAAUUUCCAGAACUUUAAGUAGAAGAAUAACUGGUAGUGAACUGUUUUAUUCUGAUGCUCAAAAAAGUAAUGAACCAAUGCCUAAAAUGGGUGGGGGUAGAGAUUAUCCUCCUCCUUUAAUAGCUGAUAGGACUGCAUACCAAGUUCAGUUUGAUGGUCCUGAUGAUCCAACUCAUCCUCAAAAUUGGUCUUCUGCAGAGAAAUUCAUAAUUUGUUGUAUUGCUUGUUUUUCAGCAUUCUCAAUUGCUGUUGGUUCUGCCCUUUUCUCUCAAGCUCAAUUAGACUUGAUGGAAAUUUAUCAUAUUGGAUGGACAGUUGCAAGUUUAACUACUUCCCUUUUUGUGUUUGGUUUUGCAUCAGGUCCAAUUAUUUGGGGUCCUUUAUCCGAAUUAUAUGGUAGAAGACUUCCUCUUAUAAUUUCAUCUAUUGGUUAUGUUUGUUUUUGUUUUGGGGUUGCUACUGCUAAAGAUAUUCAAACUAUUAUGCUUUGUCGUUUCUUUGCUGGAUUUGUGGGAGCUGCACCUUUAGUGGUGGCACCAGCUAUUCUUGCUGAUAUCUUCAAUACUAAACAAAGAGGUCCUGCAAUUUCUAUUUUUGCUAUGGCUCUUUUUGGUGGUCCAAUGAUUGCACCAAUCUUAGGUGGUUAUACCGUUAGAAAUACAAGUCUUGGAUGGAGAUGGACAGGUUAUUUUAUUGCCAUAAUUGCAUCUGCAUCUCUUGUAUUAACUGUUUUCUUUUUGAAAGAAACUUAUCAUGCAUUAAUUUUAUCUGAAAAAGCUGAAAAAUUAAGAAGAAGAACUGGUAAUUGGGGUAUUUAUGCUCCUCAUGAUGAAUUCAAAUUAUCACUUAAAGAAAUUUGUGAAAAGAAUUUAACAAGACCUAUCAUUAUGUUAUUCACUGAACCAAUUCUUUUCUUGGUUACUCUUUAUAAUGCUUUUAUUUAUGGUAUGUUAUAUUUAUUCUUGACUGCCAUUCCUUUAAUCUUUGAAGGAACUUAUCUUUGGAAACCAGGUAAUGCUGAAUUACCUUAUCUUUCUAUGUUUCUUGGUACUUUAGUUGGUGGUUUAGUUUCAAUUGCUUUUGAAGUUAGAUUUAAUAAAAUUAUGGAUAAAAAUAGAGGAAUUCCAGUACCAGAAGAAAGACUUGUAUCAAUGAUGGCUGGUGCUGUACUUUUUGUGGUUGGUAUCUUUUGGUUAGGUUGGAGUGGAGGUUUUGGCACUAAAGUUCAUUGGAUUGUUCCAACUCUUGGUGCUUUUCCAGUUGGAAUGGGUUUGAUUUUAAUCUUUUUACCAUGUCUUAAUUAUAUCAUUGAUUGUUACUUGAUCUACGCUGCUUCUGCCAUUGCUGGUAAUACAUUUUUAAGAUCUGCUUUCGGUGCUGCUUUCCCAUUAUUCGCUAAACAAAUGUUUGAUAAUAUGAAAAUUAAAUGGGCUGCAACUUUAAUUGGUUGUCUUUCAGCUGCAAUGCUUCCAGUUCCCUUCUUAUUCUAUAAAUAUGGUGCUCGUUUAAGAAAGAUGUCCAAAUAUUCCAUGGAUCUUGAAUUGAUUUAUGGUGCUGGAGGUGCUGCUAGCCAUUAA